AUGAACGCAGGCGGCUCGCUGAUCAUCCUGGCACAAAACCGGCUGGAAAAGCCGUACCACUUCUUGCCUACGGCGCUCACAUUUUCGACAAGCGACGGCUACCAAGAUGUGGAUGUUACAAAUGAGAUGGCUGCGUUCUGCCCUGCCUGCAAGGACAACAGCAGCCUCGUCAACAGCAUCAGGUGGCGGAGCUACUUCACAGGGCCAGUCAAUUGGGUGGGGCUACAUGUAGCGGUACACGUAGCGCAGGCCUGUCCCGUAUCCACUGGACCGGACCAGAAGUGCCAGGCUACAGCUUGGUUCCACCCCUCCGCCUCCGCCAGAUGCACCGCCACCCUGCCGCCACCACGUCAUCCAUCUCUAGCACCACCUCCACAACCGCCACCUCCUCCACUACCACCGCCACCGCCGCCGUCGUUCCCACCACCACCACCACCGCCUCCUCCUCCCCUACCUCUCCCACCAUCCCCAUCACCUACAUCCCAGCCACAUCAUCCUCCUCUCCCACCGCCUCCACCACCGCCACCUCCUCCACCACCACCGCCACCGCCGCCGUCGUUCCCACCACCACCACCACCGCCUCCUCCUCCCCUACCUCUCCCACCAUCCCCAUCACCUACAUCCCAGCCACAUCAUCCUCCUCUCCCACCGCCUCCACCACCGCCACCUCCUCCACCACCACCGCCACCGCCGCCGUCGUUCCCACCACCACCACCACCGCCUCCUCCUCCCCUACCUCUCCCACCAUCCCCAUCACCUACAUCCCAGCCACAUCAUCCUCCUCUACCGCCGCCUCCACCACCGCCAUCUCCUCCACUGCCACCGCCACCGCCGCCGUCGUUUCCACCACCACCACCACCGCCUCCUCCUCCCCUACCUCUCCCACCAUCCCCAUCCCCUACAUCCCAGCCAC